AUGCAAAGUCUCGAACCACUGAAGGAACCAUUAACCGGAAAUUACCACGACACCUUCGACAAGACACCAUUCGAACUCAUCUCGCCCAAGAUGAUGUCCAAUCCACCUUCAUCUCUUCAGCAACGACACAGGCUACAUCGGAGGCAGAACUCGACGCCCGUUGUAGCCUUCGAAGCCAUGAAGGUCAGCACCAACAUGCUGCCACAACGCCAAAAUAUGCACAGAAGAGGACAAUCAGUUGAUCAACAACGAAGUCCCAUUCGCAAACAGCAGCAUGGCAGUGCGUUCUUCUCCGGUCUGAACAUGUCAAUGCAGCAUGGGAUCUCAAACAUGGCGCUGAUGGACGAGAACAAUCCACAGUAUUUUCAGGAUACUCACAUUAUCCAUUCCCAGCCCAGCAGAGGACUCGCGAUAGACACUCGGAGAAUGUCGCAACCGGAUCUGCGAGUACAGACUCAGUUACGACCGCAUACCCCAUCACAUCAAAUCCAGACUGCACAAUUUCCUCUCACGCCUCCGUUCAGCCAGCAUACCCCAGCGGUACAAUAUUCACGAUCACUCCAAGCAUCACCUUCAUUGCAGUCACCGUAUCCAAUCCCGGUAGCGCGAGGAAGAUCUCUUCAAGAGAUCAUCGAGAACGAAGAGUUCAAGCAUGACUAUAUGGCAACAGCUAAUGGUUCAUCGUUCGAGAUGGCUGAAAUGCCAGUCCCAGAGUCUCGGCGUCGAGUUCGAACUCCGCCAUCGCGCCUCCAGGAAGGAUCGGUGAAUGUCAAGUUGGAGUCCGCGCCAGUCAACUACGAGCUGGGCUUCGGCCAGGAUGCAGGAUUCCACAUGCCCAAGCUCGCAAACCAACCUGUACCAGAUCUGAGUCCCGAGCGAGUUGCUGCUGGCAGCAGUUCUCCGGGAAGACCAGCUCUGUCACCUCGCCGCAUGUCAAUUUCAGAUCUGAACCUGGAACCGGGUAUAGAGGCUUCAAUCGAAGAAACAAGCGUCACAUUGGACGACAUUGCUCAAUUCAUUGAAGGGCCAGAUCCCGCCGACAACAAGUGGAUUUGCAAGUACGACGACUGCAACAAGAGAUUUGGCCGGAAGGAAAACAUCAAGUCCCACGUUCAGACCCAUCUCGGUGAUCGGCAGUUUCGAUGCGGUCACUGCAAGAAAUGCUUCGUCCGAGGCCACGACUUGAAACGUCACGCCAAGAUCCACACUGGAAGCAAGCCAUACCCUUGCCUAUGUGGUAACUCCUUUGCCCGUCAUGAUGCCUUGACUAGGCAUCGGCAGCGCGGAAUGUGUAUCGGUGCUUUUGACGGCGUCGUCAAGAAAGUAAUCAAGCGUGGCAGACCCAGAAAACACAGACCGGAGAUGGAGGAGCGCCUCGACAAAGCCGGCCGAACAAGGCAGCAGACCAGUGAGGCGCGAGAUGCCUAUGCCUCCUCGGCAUCAAGUUGUUCCCUCUCCAGUUGGGGAUCACCGCCGACGGAAAACAUGGACAACCUAAGCAUUCGGGGCUCAUCGCCGAUUGAAAACAUGGCUCUUUUCGGCAUGCCGCAACAGAACAGCAUGAACAUGGAUCAGAUGAUGAGCUUCCCGCCUGACACCUUCUCUUUCACCCCACCAGCUAGUCCAGGCUAUUCGACAGGCAACAAACCCAGUCCCUUAUACAGGGAGCUAACGCCGGCAGACCUAGGCGAUAUUCCAGAGCUCCAGCACGACGCUGAGUCGCAACUCCUGCCCGACCUUCCGACCAUGGACCAGAGCCUACCACUGAUGAGCACCGUCAACGGCUACUCGGGGCAAAGUCUCCCCAGUCUAUCACAUUCCAGCUCCUCUCCAGCCGCUGACAUGGUGGCGUUCGACUUCUCCAGCCUGCCUACAGACUCUUCGGUCAGCAUGUCCUCCUCACAGCUACCGACCAAGCUAGACUCGGAGCGGAACGAGUUCGAUACAUUCCUUGACUACGGAGGGAUGGAAAUGGGGUUAGAUUCUUCGGCUCAAGAUUUCUUUAACAUUUGA